AUUCUGGCUCUUCUAACUGUGGAAGCUCAGCCGAUUAACAGCUUUUUACCUCAUUUUGUUUUAACAAAAUUUGCUUAUACAUGUAAUUUACUUUCUUACAUACAUGCUGCCUUUUUAUCUUGAUUAGUUUCGAAGUUAAGAAAUCGAAUUAAACAUCAAAUUAGAAGAAACAUGCGUCAUUUCGACCACUGUUCGAUGGUGACGCUAUUAUCGCUGUUCUCUAUUCUUUUGCUCGCUCGCUCGCUUGCUCUUUCUGUUUCCCCCUUUCUCCGCCGCUGCUUCUUCUUGCCGCUGGGACUCUGACCGAUGACUGCCAGCGAUAUCGAUAGGCUUCGCAUUCUAUGAGUGAUCGCAUUUGAAAUUGAAUAGCAAACAAGCUCGGUAUUCGCAAUUAAAUAACACCCGCAAAUCUGGCAAAUCGCCUGUACGAUUGCAUAAUAGAAAUAUGCGCCAUGUGCAUGCGAUCUAUUUGUAACGUAUUUCUCUAUUUCUCGUGUUACGUGCCAUGUACUCAAGUUAGCCGGGGAGUCGGGCGGGGGCUGAAUAAAUCCCGGGGCUGGGCGACCAUGCAACAUAUCUUUGUGAGUAUUAAACACACGCUGCACUCCUGCUAUUUCCGUUGACUGAGUUUGGGUCUUCGGUGUGGGGCUUCGGCUCCUAGCUAUUGAGUGCAGUUUUCCGUGCCUUCCGUCUGCGUGAGCUGCUGAAAAAAGGCAUAGCUUUAGAAGAAGUUCACACACAGCCGAAACAAAACGGAAAAACAAAGAAAAUAAACAAUGGUAAAACCCAUCAACGGGGACGGAGCUCUCAUGCCCUGCAAUUCGGGGGAAAUCCGAAGUCAGGGGUCCCAUUAAUCCGGUGAAUGGCUGCCGACCAUCAAAGGUGGCUUCAGAAGAUCCGAGCUGACGACUUUGGAUCUUUUGAUCUGAUAGGUAAAUGCAAAAUGUAACUCUAAUGUAACGCAAAAAUUAGUAGCUAAUACAUGUGCAAGCUCCAUACUUUCGAUAUGGGCUUUUAUAUACUUAACAUACACGGGUGAUUUCUUUUUAUUUUUAGCAGUGCAGAUUUCAAAAUUUGGGGCUAGCCUCCGUUUCGGUGGGGAGUAGUCCUCCCCAAGCUGAAAACCACCCACAAUCCAUGACACGAUGAUCGCUGCCAUCCGAAAUGCAUGGAAAUUGCAGGUUUUACAGUGACUCAGCUAGUUCGCGGCGCGUGCGCAGGCGCUCCACCAAAUGUGGCUCCACCAAAGCAGAGCGAGGCCCAUGGCUCUGCCCAUAUCGUUGGUGGUGGACUGCGUCACGGAAGCGAAGAAGCCGCCAACUGGCGUUGGGGUUUUCGUAUUUCACCGCAUUCCGUGGGCCUGCGCCUGUAUAAAUAAAAUGGUCGCAGUGGGGCAGCAAUCAAAGCAGCCGCUUCGUCGGAGCCUUCAACACCUCAGCACCUGGGUCUCAAGCCAAGCGACAUGGAUAACCGCAGUUUGCUCCUGAGGCUCUCGAUAGUGGUGGCGCUGGUGUUGCUGAUCGUCUGCGUGCCGGAAACGGAUGCGGGGGGCCACCAGAAGAAAAAGAAAAUCGUGAUCCACGUGCCCAUUCACAAGAAAAUCGAAAAGCACAUACACACCGUGGUGAAACACGUGCACCACCACCACAAGCCACUCGUCCUGAAGGAGGAGAAGAAGGUGAUCCACGAGGACCACCGACCCAUCCAGAUUCACCAGACCAAGGAACACAUUCACCACCACGAAAAGCACGAUCACCAUGAUCACCACGACCACCACGACCAUCAUGAUCACCACGAACACCACCACCCACUUCCGCCUCCGGUGGCGCCUCCAGUGCUGCCGGAACUCGAAGAGGAGGAGGAGCACAUCCACCACCACCACAACUACGAGCACAGGGGCGGAUUGCGGGAUGACUUCAUUGGCGGUGACGGGAGCAGCAGUGAGGAGCGCUGACUAUGUAGCGCCCAAGCGGGGGCGCAGACUGACCUGAUGUGGCAGACGUGGACCGAUCGAUCGGAUCAUCCCGGCUUCUUGUGAUUCCCUAGAUAUGUACACACCCUUUUUGUUUGUUUUUUUUCUAGCCUAAUCUUGGUUUAAGUGUGAACGGAAAUAAAGUUAAAUCGGA